AUGAAAUCCAAACAUCCUAGGCGACACAAUGCCAUCGAGAUGAACGAAGACGGGCAGCCGAACAGACGGUACACAGAGACAGAUGAAGUGAGCGUGAUCGCCCGCGGCCGGGCAUGCGUCAGGACAGUACAGUACAGACACAGUGAAGUAAUGAAAAGCGUCGGGCGCAGCCACAUUCAACGGUGCGUGCGCGCGGCCGCCGCGCAAGCGAUGUAUGACCCAUGCUACUACGUGCCCCCAAUGUCUACCCGGGCUCCCAUCAUCUGUAAAACGUUAACGCGCGCUCUGCCCCGAUUGAUUGGUCAGACUCGAACGAAGGAGGACGAGCGCUCUCGUUCUACAGUGACGCGGAGUCAGAGUUGA